AUGGCAGAUGGAAUGGUCAUGUAUGGACAAGACGUUGGGUCAUUCGAUCAGUUUUAUGAAUUAAUUACGAGAUACAUUGAAAAUGAAAGAUUAAAGGUGAUAGUCAAAAAAGUCAACGAUAGUGACAUAUUACUAAAAGCGAGCUUAAUUCCAGAUAAUCUACAACCAUUUAGAGGCACCUUUUCUGUCUACCAAGCAUUGUGGGAUAGGUCUGAACCAAAAACUACUCUAAGAAAGUUGAGUUGCUUUGACUGCGGUCCUUCAAAAAUUUGUGAACAUGGUAAACAUUUAGGAUGUAUACCUCUGUUGCAAAAAGAAAACGUAAGAUCUAACAUUGUCGAAUCUGAUUUAACAUUACUUGCGAAGACAAAAUCUAAUUCCACUAAGAAUAAAAAAGUAACAAUUCUCUCGGAUAUAACGUUAAACGACAUCAAUAUGUCAAAAAAAAUUGUAGGACGCUUCUCUAAGCAUCUCGAUGUGACCAUUCUUGCAAAAACAAAAUCUGACGAGACCACCAAACCAUCAACAUCAAAA